AUGAGCCUCGUGUGCUCGAGACAGCUGGGCCCGCUGGACCUUGGCGCGAGCCAUGGGCCCUCCCAGCCGGACCCACCGCCGUCGCAGACCGUGGGCUCGACCUACACUCCCUCCGGGGCUCACGCCCCGGCGGCAGGGUGGCGCCAGGGCGUCCGAGGCUGGAGUUACGCCCGGGCGGGGCGGCCCAGCGCCGAUGCUCAAGGACGGCCGCAUCGUCGCGCCGAGAAAGAAGAAAAGGAUGGGGCUCGAGAAGCUGCCGUGGGGGCAUGUGUGCACAGGGUGACAGAAGCUUGGGCCACGCGUGCUCGAUGCCUGGCCGCCGGCGAGAUCGGCCCCGGGAACGAAGCGGUGGCCGGUGUCCACUGUCCAGAGGGACUCAGCCGGAGCCCCCCUCUCACAGACGGAGACAACAACAAGACUGCCUUGCACUGCGCACCAUCAUCAACAUUAUACACGGUACUUAAGAGGUGGUCGAAGAAGGAAGGCCAGUAUUAG